UUAAAUAUCCUAUCUGUUGCUAUCACGUCUGUAGUUUGAUACACACAGUGCUGCAGUUACACAAAAACCGGUCAGCCAGACUCAUAUUACUCUGCAUAAUAUACUAUAUAGUUGCCUGUGCCAUAAUCAUAAUAUUCACGUUUCCUUUAGGAUUACCACGUAGGCACUAGUCUCUGCAUUGUUUGUUGUCAGUCUGGUCAGUACUUUGCACUUGUAGUUAGUUAGAUAGUAUACAGUUACGUAGACAGAUGUUCGAGAGUGUCAAAGUACAGGAAUCUCGCUAUCAGGAGGAUUGUGCAGAUAAAAAUACCAUGUUGCGCAGUAUUAAUAGAGUUUGUGGACCUAAAGGUUAUAUAUUAGAGCCAUAUGUCGCAUCUAUUAAAUUGUCUUGCAAUUAUACCGCUGCUAAAUCGAAUGGCAAUGUUCAGAAGUUGCCAAGAUUACCAGUACCCAAACUCUCCGAUACGUUGGCGAAGUAUUUACUCACUGUUAGACCCUUUCUAAACGAUGAAGAAUUUGCAAGGACAACCUCGCUCGUUAAAGAUUUUGAGAGAGGGUCAGGACAACAAUUACAAGUUUUGUUAGAAAAGAGAUCCCAGGAACACCUAAACUGGCUGGAGGAUUGGUGGUUAAACACUGCUUAUUUGGAAUACCGUGAUCCCGUUGUUGUGUAUUCUAGCCCUGGUCUAGUUUUUCCUUUUAGGAAGUUUGAAACACAGGACGAUCAAUUACAUUAUGCUGCCAAAACAUUACUGGCUGCUUUGGAGUACAAGUCUCUCAUAGAUAACGACCACAUUCCGGUUGACAUGAUGGGAAAAAGUCCAUUGGAUAUGGCACAAUAUAAGAAAAUAUUUGGAACAUGUAGAAUACCGCACCCGAAACGAGACAAGCUAUCUUUUAACACCAACAGCAAGCACGUUACAGUUAUCCAUAACAAUCACAUCUUUCAUGUAGACCUCACGGGAGAAGACAAUUUGAUACUGAAUGAAAACCAAAUUGUCCAACAACUGAAAAAAGUGAUUGAUCUUUCUAAGACACCAACUAAUGAGGGCAUUGGGAUACUUACAUCUGAAAAUCGCGAUUCAUGGGCACGAGCAUACCAACUCCUUGCUGAAGAUAAAACAAACCGGGAAUCCUUAGCAGACAUAGAGAAAAGUUUGGUUGUUCUCUGCUUAGACGGGGCUGUUGAUUUGUGGAAGUGUAAGGAUGCAAAUACUCGGAGAAACCUAGCUGGAGCACAGACAAUACACGGUGGAGGCUCUACCAGCAACGGUGGUAACCGUUGGUUCGACAAAACUGUACAGUUCAUAGUCGGCGCUGACGGAGUGACGGGGCUAACCUAUGAACAUUCGCCGGCGGAAGGCCAGCCUAUAGCAGUUUUAACGGAUUUCAUUAUUAAGUUUAUUGAAGAAAAUAAAGCAUCCAAAACGACUUCAUCGAGUCCCAAACAACCUACACUGUUGAAAUUUAAUGUGAAUGCAGAGGUCAAUAGUAUGAUAGAAAAAGCCAGAAAUAAUUUAGACAGCUUAGUUCAAAACUUACAAUUGAACUGUUUCCAGUACGACAAGUACGGUAAAAACUUCAUUAAGACUCAAAAAUUAAGUCCAGACAGCUAUCUUCAGAUGGCUAUGCAACUAGCCUUCUACAGGUUACAUAGUGUACCUGGGGCUCAUUACGAAUCUGCAGCAACGAGAAUGUAUGUAGGAGGACGGACAGAAACAAUACGGUCUUGCUCGAUUGAAUCCAUAGAGUUUGCAAAAAAGAUGUUAAAUCCUCAAACAAGCCCGAAAGACAAAAUUUCUGCAUUAAAAAGUGCUAUCAAUUCUCACAAAAAUUACACAGUGCAGGCACUUCAGGGCUUCGGCGUUGAUAGACAUUUACUCGGAUUAAAAUUAACUGCCAUCGAAAAUGGCGUGGAAAUACCAAAAUUAUAUUCUGAUCCAGGCUUUACUAAGAGUGCUCACAUGAGGAUUUCAACUAGUCAGGUGGCUUGCAAAUGUGACGGAUUCAUGUGUUAUGGACCUUUAGUGCCGGACGGAUAUGCAACCUGUUACAACCCCAGAGACAACGAUAUAAACUUCGCCACUGCCGCAUUCGUCAAACAUCCAGACACUGAUUGUGAUAAAUAUAGGAAUGCUUUGGAACAGUCCCUUCAAGAUAUGCAUGACGUAUUAGCUAAGAAUGUCACCUCGAAACUUUAAAUUUUUGUAUAUCUGUAGAUAUAGGUACAUACUUUGUACCUACGGGGUUUUUGAAGUGGGAUUUAUGUACCAGUGCUGAAACCAAUUUUAGGAUUCCAGUAAUGUUUGAAAGAUUGGCAAUUCGUAACAGAUAACAGACUCCAAAAGACGAAGACUGAGAGCUUGUAGUGGCCCAGUAUAUAUCAAACGCACGCUUUAUCAACAAAAAACCGCGAUAUUUCAAAAGUGGUUAAAUAACCAUAAAUACUCAUGAAAGAGUCACUCAACUGAAUUAUUUCAUUUUUGGCUUCACUAAAAUCAGUCGAUUACCGAUCUGUCUACUAUUGUACAUCUGUGGCUGAAACUACACUUCUAAACUACUAAACUAAGAACAGAACAAAGUGAUGUUCAAAAUACCUUUAAAAAUACCAUCUCACUUGAUUUUAGAUACAGAGAAAGCAUGGGCAACAAAUAUUAAGGGUGAUUUCCGUUUCCAUUUGUCACAUUGAAUAUGAAACAGGCCCUGGAGUAAUCAAAAAUCAUCGAAUAACAGCUAAGCUAAUAAGCAGCUUUCAGUAACUUAACUAAACCAAGGUACGAAAUCCCAUUUCAUCCCCAAACACAAAAAUCGAAAACUGCCAAAAUGCAUUUUGAAAUUAUUAUAUCACGGAGUCGUAUUUUAACUACUUUAUUUAAAAAGACUGUUAUUUGUGUUCUGACAUGAACUUAAAAUUAUAGUUCGUGCCAUGCUGGUACGUGACAAAUGCUAUGCAACCAAGCACGUAGCGUUUGGUUAUUGAUUAGGUACUUUUUACUUUCGCUCUCCUACUCAAAUAUCAUACUUUUGAGUAAAAUAGUUCCCAUCAGAGUUCAUAAUUGUAAGAAAUGGAUGAACUCAGAAUCUUCUUUUUCAUUUAUAUUUAUUUAACAAUAACAACAGUGCAAUCAUCGGUGACGCUUCGCAUCGCAGUUUUGUUUGGGAGCUCUUUUAGACUAAGCUUUACACCUCGCCAGAGAGCCCUCUUGCGUUAGAACGUUGAAAACAUUGUGAUUAAUUAUAACUUUAAAAUGAAGUUAUUCUAAAAUAAUAUAAAUCUAUGGUUGUGGGAUUAACAUAUUAUGACUUAUACUAUUAAAUUAUUCCUACUGUGUUUUAUGGUGACGGAGAACCUGAGAAUAAAAAAAUGUUAUUUAAUGUAUGUAUAAGGACAAAUGCAUGUAUCUUUAAAAAGUAUUCAAAUAGGAACACCCACAAUAGGCUCGUCGUAAAUUGUAAUUGGUAUUAUUUGACUACUGCUAUUAUUAGGUUUUACUCAUGUAAAAUUGUAGUCAUGAAAGCAAUAUCCAUGACAAUAUCUACUUGUAACUAGCUUUAGGAACUUGUUUCCGUACUCGGACAUGGAUAAAAAGUAUUCUAUGUUCGUCUCCACUGGUUUAAGCUUCCACUACACCAAAUUUCAAUUGCACGGUUCAGUAAUUUCUUUUCAAUAUAAGUAUACCAGAUAUAUUCUCAGUAUUCCUUUGUUAAAGAAAUAGACUAUAUUAGAUAAUACACAAUUAGACGAGCCAAUUUGGAUGGGCUAUUACUGUACUAUGAUAUGUAACCCAAAUGCUUUUAUAUUUACACAAUUAAAAUAAUGCAAUACUUAA